AUGGGGCAGAAGUCUCUGAUUUACGCGUUCGUGUCCCGUGGAACUGUAAUUCUCGCGGAGUUCACGGAGUUCAGCGGAAACUUCAACUCCAUCGCGUUCCAGUGCCUUCAGAAGCUCCCUGCCACCAACAACAAGUUCACCUACAACUGCGACGCUCACACCUUCAAUUACCUCGUUGACAAUGGCUACACAUAUUGUGUUGUUGCAGAUGAAUCAAUUGGAAGGCAGGUGCCCAUGGCUUUUCUAGAGCGUGUCAAAGAUGAUUUUGUGUCAAAAUAUGGUGGUGGAAAGGCUGCUACGGCUCCUGCGAACAGCCUUAACAAGGAAUUUGGGCCAAAGUUGAAGGAACAUAUGCAGUUCUGUGUUGAUCAUCCUGAAGAGGUCAGCAAGCUUGCGAAGGUGAAAGCUCAGGUUUCUGAAGUUAAAGGUGUCAUGAUGGAGAAUAUUGAAAAGGUUCUGGACAGGGGUGAAAAGAUAGAGCUUCUGGUGGACAAAACAGAGAACCUUCAUAAUCAGGCACAAGAUUUCAGGACUUCUGGAACCAGAAUCCGUAGAAAAAUGUGGCUGCAAAACAUGAAGAUAAAGCUGAUUGUAUUGGGAAUUUUGAUAGCACUGAUCCUUAUAAUUGUCCUAUCUGUGUGUCGUGGGUUCAGCUGUGGAAAAUAA